CUUGUCAUGUUGACAGCUGUCAAGUGUCGAAAAGGUGGCAAGUGUAGUUAAUAAAACGUAUAUUUUUCUUGAUUUCUUUAAUGCUAAAAAAUAAAUAACGUUUAAAACAUUUUCUUUGUAUCAAAAAAUGAUGUAAUUUGGCUAAACCGAGUUAGAAAAUUUUGAGGUUAUCUCUGUGAAAAAAUGUCUGAGCAGCUUAAAGUCGGUCAAAAAGUUAAAGUGACCGGAAAAGAUGUUCAGGGGGUUAUUGCGUUCAUCGGCCCAACAAGUUUUGCUUCUGACACAUGGAUAGGUCUCAAGCUAGACGAACCCAAAGGUAAAAAUAACGGUAGUGUCCAAGGGGUUGAAUACUUUAAGUGUGAAGACAAGCAUGGAUUGUUUGUGAAGCCGUCGCAGGUGAUCCCCCUUGACGAACAUGGCAAGCCGCUCAGGGACCCCACAGAAGAGACCCCGAAAGCCCGGACCAGACCCAGCAGUGUCGGUACAAAGCCCAAACCUACAACAGUGCGUCGUAAGUCGUCGCCUCAAAAAAGACCACCUUCUCUAUCUGCCUCAAGUUCACGGUUGUCUCUGGCCAGCAGUCGACAGUCUUUGGCUGACAGUCGCCAGUCACUGUCGGGCAGCCGCCAAUCACUUGCGGGAAGUCGCCAGUCCCUCAUGGGGAGUCGCAGUCAUUUGGCCUCACCAAUCGUCGAAAAGUCCGAUGCGGGUGACCACCCUAGCCAAAUCCCCAAACGUGCCUCAUUUAUUGAGACCGGGUUUGUUGAAACUCUCAAUCCCCAAUUCACACCGGGACAAGUUAUCACAACAACACCUACUCCUGUUACUUCCGUUGAAGAGAAGAUUAAUGUAAUUCAACUUCAACAAGAGAUCGAAAAUCGCAAUCAACAAAUACGCGAUUUGAGUGAAAAGUUAGAAACUUUGAAAAUUAAGAGACAGGAGGAUAAAGAGAAAUUGAAGGAGCUUGAUAAAUUGAAAAUACAGUUGGAACAAUUGGUUGAAUUCAAGACAAAAAUUAUGGAAGUGCAGGCGAGUUUGCAGAGGGAAGUACAAAGGGCGAAACACGAGGCAAAAGACGCAAUUGAGGCGAAAGAAGCCCACGCUGAAGAAGUCGCCGACUUGGCUGAAGCCGUCGAAAUGGCCACUCUUGACAAAGAAAUGGCAGAGGAAAAAGCCGAAACCUUGCAACUUGAAUUAGAAGUGUGCAAAGAAAAAUUAGAAGAGGUGACCCUGGAUUUAAAAAUACUCAAAACUGAGAUGCAAGAACGCGCUGGUGGGACUUCGGGAAGUGGUGAAGAAGUCGUCUCAACCUACGAAAUGAAACAACUCCAACAACAAAAUGCCCGACUUCGUGAAACGCUAGUCAGGUUGAGAGACCUCUCAGCGCACGAUAAGCACGAAUAUCAGAAACUUUUGAAGGACAUUGACCAAAAGAAAUCAGAAAUUGUUGAAUUGGGCAAAACGAAAGAAAAGUUGAGUGCGAGAGUCGAAGAAAUGGAGCAGCAAGUCGCUGAUCUUCAGGAACAGGUCGACGCGGCUAUGGGCGCCGAAGAAAUGGUCGUACUUCUCGGCGAGCAAAAGCUAACUCUGGAGGAGAAAGUGGCCCAACUUCGUGAAGAAGUUGCCGAACUGGAAGCUCUGCAGGACAUGAAUGACCAGCUGGUUGAAAGCAACGCCGAACUUGAAGCCGAGCUGCGUGAAGACCUGGACAUGGCUCGUAUGGCGGCCAAACAAGCGAUGCGCGAUCGAGACGCGGCGCUAGAAACAAUCGCCGAUCGCGAAGCCACUCUCAACAAAUUCCGCGAACUCGUUCAAAAACUACAAGAGCAAUCUCUACAACUGCAAAGUCGACUUGAAAACGAGUCGAGUAAACCCGUCUCGACCCUACCCGAAAUCAUAGAUUUCACGAAAAUGUUCAACGAGACGAAAGCACACACUAAAGCGAUUGACUUGGAGUUGCGAAGGGUUGAAAUUCAACAGUUGCAAAGCCACAUCAAGUAUUUGACGUCGUAUAUGCCGGAUUCGUUCAUGAAUCGAGGCGGGGACUACGAUGCUGUUUUAGUGCUACUUUUGGUUUUGAGGAUGAUUCAGAAGACGGAAAUUUUGAUAGGGCAGAUUAAGGAUAAAUUUCCCGGUGUUGAUAAGAUUGAUAGAGCGGCUAUUUUGAAAGGGCACGCUGUUGAGCAGUUUUCGUUCAGGUGUAGAGCUUCGUUUUAUAUUUAUGCCUUACAGUCGAUUUUGCACCAAUAUUACUAUGCUUUGAAUACGUGUAAAACAGAAGCACUCCUCAAAGUUGGUGCUACAUAUCCCGAGAUGGCAUCAUACGAAAAAAUCAUCGAUGGGUUUAUUGAACUGGUCAAACGCGACCAAUUAGACGAGAAUGUACCAACUGAAGCACUCGAAAAAUGUGUUGGAUAUUUCAAUACAUUGUUUCCUGUACUUCUUGGACCGGAAAAUCGUCUCAAUCACACACAAUUAUUGGUCGAUAAUGUGAAAAGUUUGAUGUCGGCUUGUGAUGGCUUUAAUAACGAUUCUAUCGUUAUAAGAAACUUAAUUGAAACUGCUAAUGUUGGCGACAUUGGAUUGUUAGCACAACAUGUCAUAACAACAUCUGAACAGUUGCAACAACAACUGAAAUUGAUAAAACGACGACUUCCGCCCGACUCAAAUGUUGCCAACAUCGGUUUGAAUAAGGAGAUUUUUGAGAAUUUGUAUCAAUGUUACCAACAUUGCGCCCGUAUCAUAAAAACCUUGCAAGAUAUCGUGAAAAAUUCAGUGCAGAUGAUGACAUCUAGCGGAGAAUUGGAAAAAGGACUUCCACAAGAUAAAAUCAAAGAACUUGCAUUAAAUGCCAGUGAUAAGAUUUACGAACAGGACGAUUUAGGUCCGGUACAAAGUAUUAAAAAUUCGUUGAGCUUCAUAGUCACUCAGACAACACAAAUUGCACAAUUUUUGCAAGAUAAUGAGUACGAAAUUGCAACAGCUAACAAAAACGAAGAGAAGCCUAUUCCACCCAUCCAAAUUCGGGCUGACGCCGUGAAAAAAGAGCUGGAACAAACGAAAACUUUGACGAGCAAGCUGGAAAAUAAAGAGUCCGAUAUUAAAGAGUUGCGUAAAGCACUUAAAGAAAAACAAGAGCAAUUAUCCGAAAUGACCAUAAGAAAAGAAUUAGCUGAGAAAAAGUUGGGUAACGUCAAUAAAGAUUAUGAAUUGACGAUCGAAAAACUCCAGAGGAAAUUAGAAGAGGCGCACAAUAAUUACAAAAAGAAAGAGAAAGAGUUCGAGGAGACUUUGGAUCAUCUGCAGACCGAUAUCGAUUCUCUCGAGAAUGAAAAGGGCGAGAUGAAAGAAAAAUUAAAAUUGCUGUCAAAGAAAACCCAGAUGGAGUUAUCGAUGUCGAAGAGUACUUCAGGUUCGCAAUUAUCCUCCCAGCAAUCGUCGAUGGGUCCGAGUCUCCCGGCAGUGGUCAAAGACUCGCCUUUGCUUUUGCAAGAAAUCGAAAAUCUCCGCAAACUAUUCCACCAAGAACGCAACGAGAGAAUCAAACUCGAAAAUGAGAAAAUCAAAAAGGAGUUGGAUAGUCUGGCCCCGUUGCCUUCAUUUAAGACAACACCGGACGAAGUUUUGGAUAAAUUAUUCAAAGAAGGGGCGUUACUUAAACAGGAAAUUUUGCUGAGUUUGGCCAAACCGAAAUUCCCACAGAUUUAUAAAGUCAAGCCGGGGAAUGGGCCAGCGGCUUGGAAGAAACAUUUCGCUGAAGAAAACGAUAAGUUGAUGGAUCUCAACAGGAGAGCUCGGGAGUUCCAGACGAAGGUGGCAAAUGAGAUUAUCAAAAGGAAGAUGGGAGGGAGAGUGGAAGCGGAUUUUGCCGUUUUUCCCACUAUUGAAAUGGUUAAGGCUUUGAAUGAGAGCAAGCCGGUGAACGUCGGCUUUGUGAAAAUACCGAAGAGUUAUUUGCCGAAAGGGGAGAAGCCGAGGAUUGUUGAUUUGGAGUUGGACUUUAUCAAUUUGCAGAAAAUCUUGCAGUCGUUAUCGUGUUAGGUUUUUCUUAUUUAUUUUCAUUAUAACGCUUAACUAAUUCAGCUAAGUAUGAUUUUCUAUAAUUGGAAUAAAUUGAAAUUAUUAGUU